UAUUCUUAGAGCAACGGGAAAAAGCAACUGAAGUUUUCUUCAUCGGAAUAACGCUAAAAUAUCGGGGGAGAGGGAAAAAGGGAUAUAUUCAUCACCCGUUUGGCACCAAUUUAUCUUCUGCAGCAGUGAUCUCUACUCAAUUUCUUCAUCAACAAAGCUGGAAGGUUGGAUUCAAUUUUUCCGCCUGAUACGUGCACAAUUUUCAUGAACGUGUCAUGUCAGGACUUGAAACCAGAUGGGCCUGAUUUAUCUUAAAUUUGGUCAUUGACAUCGUUGGGUGUUGAUCCAAAUAUCCCCUCUAAGAGGUAGCUUCUUAGAGUUGAACCACAGGUAUGGAUGGGGUUCCUGUUUUUGUAAAGUAUAAUGGACGAUGGGAUGAAAAUAAUAUAUAUGUUGACCAUGAGAUGACUGGGGUAUUGGUUCCUCUUGGAACAUCAUAUGUUGGAUUGUUGGAGAUAUUGUAUGAUGCAUUGGGUUUGGGGCCUUUAUCACAAACAAUACGAAUGAAGUAUAUAGCUGAAGUUGGAAGCUCACCCAUCGAAAUAUCACAUGAUCGUGAUGUUUUCUUUUACUUGAAUUUGAAAGAGAGAGAUGCUCAACUCAAUAGCUUUCCCAUUUGUCUUGAGAUUAAGAAUGGGCCGAUGGAGGAGAUUUUGCCACUAGCUACAGAGGACAAUAAUCACUUAUCACAUGCAAAAAUUCAAAGUCCACCUCAUGAGAUCCACCCUGAUCCACAAUUAAAUGAUCAAGCGCCUUGCAAUAUGUCACUCGAGAUUACAGUUGAUGAUGUUCCUUAUGAUAUGAAGGCUGAAGGUAAUAACGCCUUACAACAUCUAGCUGAGCUUAUUGCUACUGCCGAUCUGCAAAAUGAAGCAAACUAUAGGAGACAGAUCACAGAUAAUAAUGUUGAGCUAUCUGUCAUAAAUGGUCUUUCAAAUGCUCAAAUAUCUGUUGAAGAAAGAUCCGCUGAAGGUCAAAUUGAAACCUUAGAUUCCGAUGAAGACCUUAGAAUGAUUGAUGAAUCUGAAAAUGUUAGAGAUAUGAUCACCGAGGUCUUGCCUACUGUGUUGCGAGUAAAAAAUAUUUACCCGAGCAAAGAAGUAUUAAAGAAACAACUUGGCAUGCUUGCCAUUAGGAAUCAUUUUCAGUUUAAGGUAAAAAGAUCCACAAGGAGAGUAUUGCACGUGGUUUGUGUCGAUCCCAAAUGUAAGUGGACAGUACGUGCGACCAAGCUUGAACGAAAUGAUAGAUUUGUGGUUAAAAGGUAUGAUGCAAGCCACACUUGCUCACCGGAAACUGUUCAAGGUGAUCAUCGUCAAGCUAGUAGCUGCGUCGUAGGGGAAUGCGUGAAGAGAAAAUACCAAUUACGUUCAUGUUCUAGCAUUAAACCUCAUGACAUCAUUAAUGAAAUGCGUCAAACUUAUGGAGUGACAAUAACCUACGAAAGGGCUUGGCGAGCUAGAGAAUGUGCAUUAGAGAGUUUGCGGGGUUCAUACGAGGAAGCUUACUACUCAUUGGCAAAGUACACAUACAUGUUAAACAAAAUGAAUCCUGGAUCAGUUGUUGCCUUGGAGACAGAAGAAAACAAUAAAUUCAAGUACUUCUUUAUGUGCUUGGCCGCCUCCAUUCAAGGUUGGCAACAUUGUAGACCUGUAAUUCUUGUAGAUGGCAAUUUCUUGAAGCUUAAAUACGGUGGGACAUUGUUCACUGCUUGUGCUAAGGAUGGUAAUGAACAAAUUUUUCCCUUAGCUUUUGGGAUUGGAGAUCCAGAGGAUGCUGCUGCAUGGGAGUGGUUCUUUGUCAAGUUGAAGGAAGCAAUUGCUGAUCGUGAAGAGUUGGUUAUAAUUUCAAACUUCGACAAAAGCAUUUGUAAAGCUAUUGAGAAAGUAUAUCCAAAUGCAGAUCAUGGUAUAUGCACACAUCAUUUGUUAAACAAUCUGAAGGUAAAUUUUAGAAAGGCAGGGAAAGAAAUGCCUACAUAUUUUUACAAUGCUUCCCGAACAUACCUUAUGGAGGAAUUUGAAUUUUAUAUGAACAACCUCGAUAUAGUGAACCCGAGCAUCCGUGCAUACCUUCAAGGACAAGCAGGGUAUGAAAAAUGGUCACGAGCUUUUUUUAGUGGCCUUCGGUAUUCAAUAAUGACAACUGAUAUAGCCAGAUCAAUAAAUGUAACCGAUGUUCAGGCAAAGGAUAUGCCAAUCACCCGUUUGAUCGAGUGGUUGAUGUCAAUGGUGCAAAGAUGGUUUUCUGAACGUCGCAGUGCAGCUGAAUCUACAUCCACAAUGCUUGCAACUGUAGCAGAAGAUCGACUAAGGGAACAGAAUGUAUUGUCAUUAUCAAUGACGGUUCACCCUGCGAACAGUCAUGAGUUUCAUGUUUUGGACCCAGAAGCGCGGUCAUUUGUUGUAAACUUGGAGUCAAAGACUUGUGUCUGUAGGGAGUUUCAAGUCGAUCAAUUACCAUGCUCCCAUGCUUUGGCUGCGAUAAAUAUGUGCAAAUUGAGUGCAUACGACUAUUGCUCUGGUUAUUAUAAAAAGGAGGCAUUGUCUGCAUCAUAUGCAGCUACCGUUCAUCCUUUAGGGAAUGAAUCCUGUUGGGUUGUUCCAGACGAGAUCAAAGAUAGAAUAAUUUUACCCCCAAAAUGGAGACGACGGUCUGGUAGACCAAGGAAACGAAGGAAUCCCAAGAAAACUACUAAGGGCAGAUGCUCGAGAUGCAAGGAGUACGGGCAUAAUAGAAAGACUUGUCAAAAUACAAUCUCCCGGGACUCGAACAGUUCAAGUGAUUCUUCUAUUAGUGAAAGUGCCACUAAUGAUGUUACUUGAGUGUUAGCAAGUAUGAUUUUAAUGUGUUAGACUUGUAUUGUUUUUUAAUGUAAUAGGAUUAUGCAGUUGUAAAUGUAAUAGGAUUAUGCAGUUGUAACAUGAUUGUGAGUUUGUAGUUUAGAUGUCUAUUUGUUAAGAAUUAAGCCAAAUGACCACAUUUGUUGACACAAAUGUUGACACACCUCUCACAGUCGAGGUGUGGGUCCCGCGCCAAUAAAAUAAUGCCGACCUCCUCAUGUGAGUGUGUUGUGUCAACCGAUGUGUCAACAAAUGUGGCUAUGUAGCAUGAGCCAUUUGUUAAAGCAUUUUAGCAUGGUUGGUAUAUUGGUAAGAGUAAUCUACGUAUUUCA